AUGAAGUACUCCGUCGCCGUCGCCGUCGUCAUCGGCGCCACUUCCGUCUCCGCCAUGCCCGUGACCGGCCCCGUUGCUGCUCUCCGCGAGCGUGGCUUCUUCGACAGCAUCGGCAACUACUUUACUGGUGGCUCAACCAGCACCACUCCUGCCGCUCCCGUCCAGAGCCAGCCCGCCACCACCACCAACCCCGUCGAGGAUGCCCUCAACACCAUCGUGGGCGGCGGUGCCCUGUCCCCGCAGAUCAUCCGCCUCCUGCAGGACGGCUCGCUCGCGCAGAACACGCUCGCGACCAUUUCCAAGAGCGACGCCUCGGUCAAGGUCAAGGGCCUCCUCAAGGACCAGCAGUUUCUGAACAAGGCUGGCGCGCUCUUCACCAACGAGACCUUUAUCAACGAGCUCGCCACCGCCACCGUCAGCACCCACGCGAGCGCCCAGGCCGUCGACCUCAUCGGCAACGCCGACUACCUCGGCUUCCUGUCCGGCAUCGUGGGCGACAAGGACAUCUUCAACGCCGUCGCCGGCGCGCUCGCUGGUGGCAACUUCAACCUCGGCGGCUUCCUGAGCAGCAGCGCCCAGUCCCAGGCCGUGUGGAACUUGGCUGCCAGCCUGACCGGCGACGCCUCGCUCGCGGCCAAGCUCGAGGCUCUCUUCACCGACAAGGUCUUCAUUGCCCGCUUCGACGCCCUUCUCAACUCCAAGGGUGACUUUGCCGCUGUCCUGACCGACAUCCUCCAGGACGGCGAGUUCAUCGCCCACGUCUGCAACAUCCUCGGCCUCAGCCCCGAGCUUACGGCCAAGAUCACCGCCCUGUUCAGCGCCGGCGCCAACUUUGGUGCUUCUCUCGAGGCCCUCCUCGGCGCUGACUUUGCCGGCCAGAUCACCGGUCUCAUCGGCACCGGCAGCAUCGGCUCCCUGAUCACGGGUGCCCUGAGCGGCCUGGGCAGCUUCAACGCCAUCAUCUCCGGCUACCUCUCCAGCGGCACCAUCGUCUCCGCUAUCGGCAGCCUGCUCGGCAACGUCAACUUCACUGGCAAGUUCACCGCGCUCCUCCAGGGCUUCCUGUCGGGCAACCUCGACCUGAAUGCCAUUGUUGGCAACAUCACUGCCGACAUGGGCUUCCUCACCAUGAUCACUGGCGCUCUCGGCAUCCCGCUCAAGAUCGUCCAGACCGUUGUCGCCAAGAUCACUGCCUCUGGCUUCUUCAAGGUCUUUUUCGGCUUCUUCAACGUGGGUAACUAA